GGCCAGGCCGCGCUCCCACAAUGCCCCGCGGCCCGCCGUCCAAGAUGGCGGCCGGCGAAUGAGCGUUACCCCGGCGACGGCCCCGCUCUGACCGCCGAAGAUGCCGAAAGUGGUGUCCCGCAGCGUGGUGUGCUCCGACACCCGCGACCGAGAGGAGUACGACGACGGCGAGAAGCCGCUGCACGUCUACUACUGCCUGUGCGGACAGAUGGUGCUGGUCCUCGAUUGCCAUUUGGAGAAACUUCCCAUGAGACCACAAGAUAGAGCACGUGUCAUCGAUGCAUCCAAACAUGCUCAUAAAUUCUGUAAUGCUGAGGAAGAUGAGACCAUUUACCUACGACGGCCACAAGGAAUAGAGAAGCAAUUUAGGAAAAAAUGUGGAAAGUGUGGGCUGCUUCUCUUUUAUCAGCACCAACAGAAGAAUACUCCAGUUACUUUCAUUGUGGAUGGUGCUUUGGUGAAAUUCGGCCAAGGGAUUGGUACCACAAAUAUAUAUAGUCAAAAACAGGAACCUCCGAAGAAGGUGAUGAUGACAAAGAGGACCAAAGACAUGGGCAAAUUCAGCUCUGUCACUGUAUCCACUAUUGAUGAGGAGGAAGAGGAGAUUGAAGCGAGGGAGAUUGCUGACUCCUAUGCACAAAAUGCCAAGGUGAUUGAGAAGCAACUCGAGCGGAAAGGCAUGAGCAAGAAGCGACUGCAAGAACUGGCUGAGCUGGAGGCCAAGAAAGCCAAGAUGAAGGGAACCUUGAUUGACAAUCAGUUCAAAUGAAUAGUGGAUUCAUGGAAGCGGAUCCCUGCCAUAAUACAUAAAGUACAAACUAGUAGCAACAAAGCGAUUCUGUCACUUAUUGGGCCAGUUGUCAACUUAAGCAAGGUCAUUGUGCUUUAUUCCAUGUCAUCUAUGGAGACUGAAAUGGUGGGGAGAAUAAAAACACGUUUUUUUA